AGACAGAGAGUCAACAACACGGAAGCUAUGGCUGAUGACAAGAAUCCUCUGGGCCAGCUCAAGGACCUGGUGGAGUUAAAGGACCAGCUGGAGGACAUCCAGAGACGAAUGGAGGAUGAGAUUCAGGCUGGGGUUCCUCCAGGAGGCAGUCUGCUCGCUUCUCCUUUCCUGAAGGGUUUCCUGGCCGGGUACAUCGUCGCCAGGUUCCGCUCCUCAGCGUUGCUCGGUGUUGCCGUAGGAACAUGCACAGGGAUCUUCGCAGCACAAAGUUAUGCCGUUCCCAACAUAGAAAGCUCCAUCAAAGACUUCAUUAACAACCUGAAAGCAGGACGUAAGUGAGACGACGACAAUAAAAGAGGGGGAGGAUGAGAGACAUCUACAAGAAGAGGGCACCAAUACAGCUACAGACGGGAACAGAUACGUAUUUCAAAAGUUAUUACAUUGUUACACAAAGAUGAGUAAAUAGGAAAAUUGUUGUCUUUCAGAUCAGCUUCUAGGGUAAGGUUAAAAAUAUAUAUAUUUCUGUUUUAAAUUCAUCUAGAUCUUGUUCAUUUGAACUAUUGUUACAUGGGAGAUAUCAAAACCCCCAGGAAAAGGGUUAUAAUUUAGUUAUUUUAAAUACACAAGAUCAAAUUUUCGUCAUUUUGUGGUCUAUGACUUAAAUUUAGUUACGACUUGAAAUCAUUAUAGCUGCUGAUUUCUGAUCCCAAGUCGUACUUAAAAUUACAACAGGUCCUUAGCAAAGAUUCAUUAGACCAACACAUGGUCUCAUUAUGUGUCAAAUAGUGUUUUAAAGUAGUGUUUCUCAACCAUUUCUAUUCACAACCCACCGGUAUAAUCAGUCUGGUGGAUGAAGUCUAAAAUAUAUAAUUUUAUUUUGAAUAUAUGCUUUUUUAUCUUUCUCAACAACCUUCUGUUAUAGCAGCUUUAAAUAAAAUGUAUUUGAAGCUCUGGGGAGGAUCAACUUACACCACAAGGGGAUCCUUUGUGUAGAAGCUGUCAAAAGCCUUCAUGUGCUUAUAGGUCAAUUUUUCUGUUGAAUAAUUUCUAUUUUGAAUUGUAGCCCUCGUCUCUGAAGAUGUUCAUGAAAAAUCACUUUAGGUUUACUUCAGAGACCUGUCAUUUUAAUAAUGGUAAAAAAGAAAUAUAAUAUUUCCUGUAAAAAAACUAAUUCGAGAGUUUGGGAGAUAGUUAGCAGAGCGUCAGAUGAAAAUAUAAACAAAAAAAAAAUGUAGUUUCUUGUUGCACUUGGGAAUUCAAACUUGGAAGUGUGUGUUUAAGUACUUUAUGUAAAACAUAUAUCAACAGUGCCUACGCUGUGUGGACUUGAUAUGAAUAUCUCAUGCCAUGUGUGCAAUAGCCUCUUCCUGCUGGGUUUUGGCUGCCUAUUUCAUAUGCUGGAGACUGAUUAUUUUGCACUUCUGAAAUGUUAGGAUUGAAAGCUGUUUCGUUAUUGUAUAUAAAUCACUGAUUGAACUAUGAAAAGAAAAUCAAUGAAAUUUUGACUAUUCAAUUUAUUUCAAAUGUGGUUCCUGUGUCACGUGUUGGUGUAGAGUACUUUCUGCAAGGUUUUGUUUUUCUAUUUGAGGAAGAGAAAAUUGAACUAUAAAAUUGAUACACAUUAAUAUUAAUUAAAUGUCCUUAACCAAGCUGUUAGGACAAUAAUCUGAAACCUAAUGCACAGUAAAACACCUGAACUGUAGCAAAUUUAAUAAUAAAGGAAUAUGUUUUAUUUGUAAAGAGAGAAUUGAAUUUGUUUGGUUUCAGGGAGUUCGCUCUGUUUAUGAUGUAAAAGAGAACAACCUAAAGAAGUAUGUGUUUUUCGCCACCUUUCAUUUUCAACUGUUAUUUGAGAUACAAGUGCGUCAUUGUAAAUGAUUCUCCAAAGACUAUUUAUAUAUGUAAACCUGAGAGUAUAUACUGAUUUAAGAAAAUUAAACCUUGUCUACACAUCUUGACACAUUAUACAAUGCAUUCUUAUCAAAGCAAAGAAAUAUACAUAAAUAGAUUAAUAUUUUGCACUAAGAUGGAUUUGAUCUUUUACAUGACAUUAGUUUACGGAAGUACUGUGUAUUGUUGACAUUAACGCACAUUGCUGAUCUGCACAGUCUCACCUGUGUUAAGUUUUAGCCAACAAGCCAUAGAUGAGAAACCGAGUUCAAUCUGAGGUUUUGAUCACUUUAGUUUUUACUUUAACUGGAAAGUGUGAUGGAAAAUAACUGGAACACAAACAACUUGUGCCUAUUGACAAUCAUUGUGUUGUUGUCCUUAUAUUGCAUGCUCUUAUUUUUUGUAUUUCCUGUUCAGCAUGUGUUUGCUUGUUUUCUCUUGUUCUUUAUUCAGUAUCUUACUUUAAAGCUUUAUGUGCUGUGGAGUCAGUGCCAGACGGGUCAGUUGAUGUCCUUUACUUCACUGUUUUAUUGAAAGAUUUUCACGGCUGCACGUCAACGCAGAAGUUUUCAACUUGACAGUGUGAAACUCCAUCACAACUUUGUAAAAGAAAACUAGUGAAACUGUCUUUUAUAAGGUGUAUUUGUGUUCUUCGAAUAAAACGGGAAAAUAUAGUUUA